AUGGCUGGCUCGUCACAGGUAUUUCGUCGAACAGGUUACAUGCGCUUCUUCCUUCGAUUGAACUACUCUCGAAGAACGGAAGAACAACAAUCUCUGGUCACCAAGUUUCUCUCUCACCAUUUCUUUGGAUCCUUCGGUGAUGCUUGCGGUGAGGCGUGUGUGGGGGCAAUGAGAAUGAUGGACAGAGAAGAGUCAAAUAUGGAGGAGGCGAUGGAGAGGUCGUACCCUGCCUACCUCACCUCAGAGAGGUCGUACUCUGCCUACCUCACCCCAGAGAGAUCGUAUUCUGCCUACCUCACCUCAGAAAGGUCGUACUCUGCCUACCUCACCUCAGAGAGGUCGUACCCUACCUACCUCACCCCAGAGAGGUCGUACCCUGCCUACCUCACCUCAGAGAGGUCAUACUCUACCUAUCUUACCCCAGAGAGAUCGUACUUUGUGCCUACCUCCCUCAUCGGGGUCGCACUUAGUGCCUAUCUCGUUUUAUACACUAAGUUCUGUUUACUGCCUACCCCGAUCUAA